GGCGGAGCGCGACAAGGAUGCAGUCCGUGAGAUGCAUGAAGCCGCCAGAAGAUUCGGUGAUAUUUCGGAGUUGUACAAGGUGUACGUGAAAGAGCGUAAGGAUUCCGUGGCCGUGGAGCUCUCGUACCCCAGUGAAAGAUAUCAGAUCUCAAGACCGCGCGGGCAAGUCCUGCACGACAUCGCCGGGUGGGCGACCAGCAAGGCUUUGACGCAUCAAGCAAGACACAAUCUUUCCCAGGAUUGGGUGCGUGUCGUCCAACACAACACUCGCCGGUCCAGUCGGGAGGCGAUGUUUACUAAUGUCAUGCUGAGAGAUUUCGUAGCGGGAGUCGAUCACAAGAACGACCUGAAGAACGGUCCAGGACGUCUUUACCCGACGAUGGAUUGGGUAGAGUUUGUGUAUGCCGUGGAGAGGGGCAUCUUCCACUUUCUGAAAAAACUUAUCUUCCUUGCUGCUGGCCUUGGGGGCUUGCCAGCCCAGAUUUUCAAGGUUGUACGCGAGGCGGAGGUCGUGAAAGAUAUGUGGGGAAACUGCUGUCCACCUGGUCCUCCCGCCAUCGACCCUAGUGUAUCCCAGGAGAUGUUUCUUUUCGAAGUCGGGAAGAUCCUUGACGUGCGAGUGGGUGACUACGCGAAGAGUGUAACGGAAAAUACUUCCCUCAAGUUCACGAAGGCCGCGCUUGGUUUACGGCAACAGCUAAACGCACAGGUCAACACAAAGGGACGGGCGGGUGGAGGGGCCGGUAGUGGCGGAGCAGAGGGAGGUGUACAGGGGGACGGGGCCGCUGGAGGGGGUAAGGGGGACCUUGCUACGCGCCGAAAGGGGGGGGGAUGUCCAGGGCAGAGAUUAGGGACAGAUGCACUACAAAACAACUUGUGCUCACGAAAGCCGCAGAGAUUCCGAAGGGCACUGUAAACUCAAGGAAAGAGGAUCUCCUCGAUUAUCUGGAGACGUUUGUGUGUGGGUUCAGGCAGGAACCGGUUGGAGCGGCAGGCCCCAACGUGACGGGGACUGGGCUAGCCAGAGGAGGAUGCGGGGGGCGUGGUUGUGAGAACGCGGGUGAGGGCAACACCUUGACAGGUAGUGGGGAGAUGGCCUCUGCCGGUGGUGAUUUGAUGACGGAAGAAGUUCCUACGCAGGACGGGAUGGACCACGACGAUUCCUUUCCCGACCGAUUGCAAUGGAUAUCUCACUGUCGGUUUUGGAGGGGGCGGGUGUGUCUAGCGGGAGUGGUUCUUGAUCAAGUUUCCAAGACAGAAGGUGAAGGUUGGGCUUCGGUGGCGCCGGCUUUCGUUUUCUCAUACUGUACUUUAAUUUUCAGGGAUCAUAACUGCCAUCUGAUUUGUGUGCGUGUCGAACUUGGCGUUCCCUCACGGUUUCCCUCUUCUCACCACAAGGCCCGCCGGUGCGUUACACACCUCAACCGCUCAGAACCAUGCUCGCAAUAUUUGUCUUCUGUGUUUGCUAAGGGCUACAGCUACAUAGUAGUCGUCU